AUGUCUCUCUGCGGAUCCGACAUUGUGAAAUCGGAGAAUGAAAAUGAAGAUGCUGGCCCCUCCACUCCUCACGCUCCGAACAAUCCUAACAUCUUGAACGAUCUGAAUAUCUUGAACACUCCCUCGCAGCCUGUGCCUGAGGAGCAUGAUUCUGACUCGGUGGCCAUAACCUCAGAUGAUAUGUCCUUCAACAAUGACAACCCUUUAUCAUCUCGUGAGCGCCGUGAAACUCAAGCCAUCUCCAUCCCCGAAGCUGCAGCCCUGGUACAACCCAGCAACGCAGAAGAAUUGGACUCUCAGGCGGUUGUCUCAGAUGAUAUCUCGAUCUCAAGCGAUGAUCCUCUAGCUCUCCGAAGACGUGCCCGUCGUCAAAACCAACGCAUUCCACUUGAGCAAAUCGCUGCCACUCUUCUUCCCUCUCGUGCAGAGGAACUUGCGGACUCUGUUGUAGUUUCUUCCUCUUCGCCUUCAGUGGAAGAUAUGUCCAUCUAUCAAAGUCCAUACCCACUUACUGCCCGUUUUCCACGCCCAACUACUGUUUAUCCAAUCGUACCACCUGUCCAUCUACUGCCAUCUCGUGGUCGUGGUCGUGGCCGUAGACGCGGACCUGGCCGUAUUGCAAGCCAUCUGGUCCCUGUGGUCCCCCAUGGCUCCCAGCGGGCUGCGCCAGCGCCUGAGCCAGCGCCUGAACCAUCGUCUGAGCAUUCGUCCGAGCCAUCGUCUCUAGCGCCAUCGGUUUCCGUUCCUGCAGAGUAUGGAUAUGGAUAUGGCUUCUCUGGCUCCCCACGAAACCAGUUCUUUGAGGAGGCCGAUUUAACCAACCCGAGCCCGCGGCCUGUGUCUGAUCCAACCGGCCAGAUUCCCUACACUAGUCCAUAUGCUCUAAGCACAUGGGACCUUCAGAUUUUCCACAAUCGCACUGCUGCAACCUCGACAUUUAUGCAGUCUUUAGACUUGUUCCCUGGUGUGGAGCUGAGUAGUUCAGACGCAGAGUUCAGUGUUAGUGAUGUGGAGAGUUUUGAGCUUGAAAGCGAUGAAGAGGAAGAUGAUGAAGAGGAAGAGGAAGGUGAUGAUGACGAUGAUGAUGAUGACGAAGAUGCUGCGGCUCCUAUGAAUGGAGCGAAUGGGAUGAAUGGCGCCAAUGGAGCGAAUGGAGCGAAUGGAGCGAAUGGGGUGAAUGGGGUGAGUUCUGGGGUGAUAGAGAGCAGCAGUAGUGAUGAGGAUGAUGAACAUCAUACUGCUGUGCCUCCUAUGAAUGGGGCAAAUGGGGUGAAUGGGUCAAAUGGGUCAAAUGGGGCGAAUGGGUGGAAUGGCACAAAUGGGUUCUAA